AUGUGGGCAGGCGGCUCUCUUCAGGUGAAGGCUGAUGCUUAUUUCGACAAGUCCCUUGGCUUCGUAUUGGAUACACCCAUGUUGGGCACAGAAUGCAUCAAAAAGGUCGAGCUGCGGGGAGAGGGUGAUGCUGCCAAAAUCUUUGUCACAGUCGAACGCCGCUUCGCCCGUGUCGACCACUUGGCGAAAAGCUACACAGAAGAGCAUGGCUCGUUAGGAAGGGCGACGGGUCUAGAGAGAGUCCAAGGGUAUUUUGCAGAACAAAUCCGUAAAGACGAGGGCUGGGGUCAUGCCUUGUUGAAAGAGGAGCGCAACCUCGUCUUCUUCAAGAAGGUCGCUGCAGCCGAGGCGCGAAAUGCUCAUGUCAAGUAUCUCACUCCUCCUGGUGAACGUAACUUUGCGCAUACACUUACCCCCAACCGUACCCUUCUGUUCCGCUUCUCCGCCCUCACCUUCAAUGCUCACCGCAUCCAUCUCGAUCCUGACUAUGCCCGCAAAGUCGAAGGCCAUCGUAAUUUGUUAGUCCAUGGCCCCUUGUCUUUGGUACUGCUCCUGCAAGUCUUCAACCACCACGUGGCCAAGGAGACGGAGGGAAUGCAAGUUGUCGAGUCUAUCGAGUAUCGCAAUCUCUCCCCGCUUUACUGUGACGAGGAGAUGCGCAUAUGUGGCUUCAAGAAAAAGACAUUGUUCAACGGUGCCAUCUAUGAUGUAUGGAUCGAAGGACCUACCGGUGGUGUUGCUGUAACAGGCACUAUCUACACAACCAUGCGCGAAAAGGUGCCACCUCCAUCGGACCCCAAACCCGCCCCCCAAACCAACACUACAAUUCUCACCAACGAUCCGCCCAUUCUUCAAUCCCAGGCUAUGUUCACCCCUCAGUCGAAUAGCACAACAAGUUCAGCUGGUUCAGAACAGCACAUUGUGCCGGAAUACAAGGCUUCCUUUAUACGGCUGGAGGAUGAGGUUUUGCGACGUCGCAUGCACAAGUCCCGGAGAGACGCCGAUAAGGCUGAAACCAAAGCUGCUAAGAAGCAACAGAAGCUGUUGGAUAAAGCGAAAAAAGCAGCCCAAAAGGCAGCUCAACGAGAGAAACAAGCAGCUAAGAAAGCGAUGGUAUCGACAUCUACCAAGCUCGAGGCUUUGUCAGAAGCGCACGAUUCAGCUGAGCCGGAUACUACCCCAAGUCAUGAAUCUGCUUCAAGCGCUGAUCCCUCAGGCUCAGAGCCGGCUUCUGAAACCGAGCACCCAAACGAACUGUCUUCGCCGCCUUCUACGAGCUCUGGGCGACUUUCCAGGCCCCAAGAAAGUGCUACUCUGGCAUUAGAAUAA